CGAACCUUCUCGGGUCUGGCACACUCAGAGCAGAGCCGGCCCUGGUCACAUCCUGCACCUCACACUGUCCUGGUCAGCCCGCAGUGCCCUCUCCCACCAGCCGCUGGGCCCCAUGACCCACACCCUCUCUGUCCUGCUGUGCCUCGCGCUGUGUCUGGGCCAGAGGAUGAGGGCAGAGGCAGACACAAUCCCCAGACCCUCUCUCAGGGCAGAGAACGGCUCAUUGGUGCCACUAGAGAGAAGUGUGAUCCUCAGGUGCCGGGGGGGAUGGGAGGGUGAAGUGUACCGUCUGGAGAAAAAGCUGAGCUCUGACAGGGUAAUUGAUGUGAAAUCAAAUGAAACGGAGGUCGAGUUUCCCAUGCCAUCAGUGACAGCAAAAGAUGCAGGGACCUACUAUUGCCGCUACUUACACUCAUCUGGCUGGUCAGAACGCAGUGACCCCCUGGAGCUGGUGGUGACAGGCGUGUAUGACCCACCCUCCCUCUCAGCCCUGCCCAACUCUUCAGUGGCCUCAGGACACAACGUGACCCUCCAGUGUCAGUCACAGCAAUCGUAUAACAGGUUUGCCCUGUACAAGGAUGGAGAACAGAUCACACAAGUCGGGGCCCAGUUCCGUGGAAGGGAAUCUCUGACCAACUUCUCCAUCCCUGCUGUGAACUCUACCCACGGAGGGACUUAUCAAUGCUACGGCUUUUAUAGAAGAUUCCCUUACCAGUGGUCAGCCCCCAGCAAUGCCCUGGUACUCAGGGUCACAGGGACCUUCUCUCCAAGCCCUGAAUCUGGGAACACACAGUUAGGUCUCACAGUAGGCAUUCUGAUGGGCAUCUCAGCAUUUCUCAUCCUGAUCUCCCUCUUUCUCCUCAUCCUCCUCUGCCAUCGAUGCCAUCAGCAUCAGGCCAGACUCAGGAAUGGAGGCAGCCAGGCAGAGGUCAGGAAGACCACCAGGAGCUCUGACCCAGCUGGGACCCCCCUGGAAGAGACCCCAGAUGCUGCUGGGAAUGAUGACAGACAGACAGAGGAGGCCAGACAGGAGGACAUAGCUGCUCCCAAAAGGGAAGACCCUCAGGAAGUGACCUAUGCCCAGCUGAACCCCAACAGCCUCAAGGCUGGAGUGGAGGCCCCUCCCCUCUCAGGACCAGUGGAGGCCAGCCUCUACGCCGCCUUGCGGGCUGGGGGCAGGGUUCAGGCUGGGGGCAGGAUCUGGUUUGGGGACCGGGGCCAGAUUCACGGGGCGCUAAGGACUCCCCAAACCCUCCCACCCCUUCCACCCCACCCCCACACACACAGCAUGGGGCCAUCAGUGAAGCAGCAACCACAGAGAGGAAGGAGAAGUGAACCUUCUCGGGUCUGGCACACUCAGAGCAGAGCCGGCCCUGGUCACAUCCUGCACCUCACACUGUCCUGGUCAGCCCGCAGUGCCCUCUCCCACCAGCUGCUGGGCCCCAUGACCCACACCCUCUCUGUCCUGCUGUGCCUCGGGCUGUGUCUGGGCCAGAGGAUGAGGGCAGAGGCAGACACACUCCCCAGACCCUCCCUCAGGGCAGAGAACGGCUCAUUGGUGCCACUAGGGAGAAGUGUGAUCCUCAGGUGCCAGGGGGGAUGGGAGGGUGAAGUGUACCAUCUGGAGAAAAAGCUGAGAUCUGACAGGAUAAUUGAUGUGAAAUCAAAAGAAAUGGAGGGCGAGUUUCCCAUGCCAUCAGUGACAGCGAAAGAUGCAGGGAUCUACUGCUGCCGCUACUUACACUCAUCUGGCUGGUCAGAAUGCAGUGACCCCCUGGAGCUGGUGGUGACAGGUGUGUAUGACCCACCCUCUCUCUCAGCCCUGCCCAACUCUUCAGUGGCCUCAGGACACAACGUGACCCUCCAGUGUCAGUCACAGCAAUGGUAUAACAGGUUUGCCCUGUACAAGGAUGGAGAACAGAUCACACAAGUCGGGGCCCAGUACCAUGGAAGGGGGUCUCUGGCCAACUUCUCCAUCCCUGCUGUGAACUCUACCCACGGAGGGACUUAUCAAUGCUACAGCUUUUAUAGAAGAUUCCCUUACCAGUGGUCAGCCCCCAGCAAUGCCCUGGUACUCAGGGUCACAGGGACCUUCUCUCCAAGCCCUGAAUCUGGGAACACCCAGCUUGAUGCUGCUCCCCUGGAUUACACCGCGGGCAAUCUGGUCCGCCUCAUCUUGGCGGGGCUGGUGCUCAUCAUCCUGGGCGUCCUGCUGACUGAGGCCUGGCUCAGCCUCCGGGGCACCGAGGAGCAGCCCAGGGAGCCCUGGUCUGAGCAUCCUGGCCACACCCAACCACCAGGCAGAGGGAAGGAAGGAAUGGAUGAAAGAAUGAGUGAAUGAAUGAAUAAAUGAGUGAGUGAGUGAGUGAAUG